UAACUAACCAUCAGACUGUUCAAACAGGAGACAUGGGACUGUGGAGUCACCGAGGGGGGGAAACGCUUCUCCACAACAACUCACACCAAAAGAAGGAAGUCUUAUCCAGCUCAACAUGUUCAAUGGAGACUCUACUUUUAUAAUUUCUACUCAGUGAAGGACCCGAAGAGGGACAACUUAAAUGACAUCUGAAGUUAUAUGCGUGCAUUUAUGACACCUUAGGGCAGAGUGCCACACCUUCGCUUAAGCGCAACAGCUCCACGACACAGCUGGCCAAAUGGGGUGCCAAUGCUGCAGGAUGAUAAAAAGCUACAUCUACGACCCCUCCGUGGUGGACGUGAGGAAGACCGACUCCGUAGGCAGCUCGCUCUACCAGCCCCACCACCUCCCCAGCGGCGACCAGCUCGACGGCCUCGACAAGCAGAAGCAGGGCUUCAACAACUUGGGCUACAGCAAGUCCAACGACAGCACGCUGAAACUAGAGGUGGACAACAACCACGUCAACCACAGGCUGCACGCCGCGCCUCCGGUGACGAAAGAGCCGCACAGACAGGGGAGCGCGCCGGCCGAAGACGGCGGUCUGUACAUCAUCCAGCCGGAAGCUCUGGGGCCGAGAUGGGUGAUGCAGGAGAAAGGGCCGAGCCAGGUGCCCGUUUACCCCGGCAUGGAGGAGUACGAGAACCAGGCGGGCUACGGUGAGCAGGGGCGCGGUGCGCCGAGGAUCGAGUGGGACAGCUCGAUCACCGAGUGCGCGAUCGGCACCGAGAGCCUGUCGGCGGACGAGACGGACGAGGGCGUGGGAGGGACGCCGGAGUACCCGUGCGACACGGGCGACGAGGGUAGCGUCCUGUCUGUGGAGAUCCACACCAGCACCACAAGUCUGUCCUCGGCCGACACCAGGGACGAGCUCAGACUGCCGAAGACGCCGGACGUUUCCGCCGGCGAGAGCGGGAUCUCGGUGACGAAGGACGAGGAGGAGGAGGAGGCGAGGGACGAGAGGGACGAGGUGCAGAGCGUUACGGACUCGAUGGUGGCGGAGGCUCUUGCUGCUUUGGAGGCCGCCACCGCCGGGGAGGACUUUGAGUGACGGACCUCUCGCUCAUCACCAAAAAAAACUCAUGAAUGUGACUUGUUCAAAACUUCCAUGAAACUUUAUUCUGAAUAACUGAAUAACGAAUGAAAAAGUUUAUUUUUGAACUCAAAAUCUUGGAUAUUUUUUUAUUUUGGUCACGCAGACGGAAGACGACGUCUGCCGUACGAAAGGACGCAACGUUUCCAAUGCCACUAAUGAAAAGAUGUGUAGACUGUGAAUACUGAAUCAAGUGUAUUUAACACUCCACAGUCCUAAAAAGACUGCAUGUGCUCACUCACUGCGUUGCCACGUCCAUACUGCCCUUGACGACAUGUUGCUUUUAUCUCAUUUGCCUCGUUUUGGAGCAUAGCGCUAUGCUAAUCGCUAACAUGUGAACAUACAGUCCUUGCCAUAGCUUGCCAUCUCUUCAGGAAUCUCGAGGAAAGGUCAUCGCAUAUUUUUUUUUUUUAUACUCAUGUAUAAUUGUCUCUUAUUUUGUCUUCUGUUGUUAUUUAUAAUAUCUUCACUCAUUUUUUGAUUUAUCGUGAAAAGAAACUGGACAUUGUUUUGGAGCAGGAGGGAGGACGCGGAGGCGGCACUUAUUUAUAACUUAUUGUGUCAUCAUUGAUUUCGUCAGAAUGAAUAUUGUAUCUACUUUGAAAUUUAGAAAAAUUAGUUUACACGCUGUUCUUACAUCAUCAUGCACGCUGACUUCUUUUUACAAUGCACAAUAUUAGAGGCAUAUCUAUGCACAUUUGAAAUCUUCAGCAGGUUACCAAAGGAUAAAAUAGAAAAUAGCCGCCUAUACAUUUCACUGAUAUCAACUUAGUUUCUGCAGCUUUGAGCUUAAGACCAGCUAAAAGUCAUUGGUGAAUAAACCGAUUCACCCUACUAGUUUUUUUUUGUAUUUUAUAGGUCAGGCUUUUUGUUUCUAGUCUGGCCCGGGACAUUAGUUCAACCCACCGCUCGCUUAUGUGCCUAUAAUAAUGAACUAAUUGAGGCUAGACGGUGCAAAGGAAAGAGUGUUAAGAGUGUGUUCAUUUGCUGAAUGAAGUUCUGAAUUUGUUUCACUGCGACUCCCCUUUUAACCCACCGUUUGCCUGCCAAAUCAUUUCUACUUAUUAUAUUUGUAUUGUAAAAUAAAGGAAUGUACUUUUAAAAAAAAUGUGAGCUGU